AUGGCCGUCGAAGACCACAGUCUGUUGACUGAGGCGAAAGCCUUUGAGCAACGAUUAGGCUCUACUGUGCAAGCUGGCGUAUCAUUUGCCCUUGAUACUGUAGCCAAGCUCGAUGGCAUCAAAGCAGCUACCGAGGGCAUCCAAUACAAUACUAAGCAGUUAUUCUUUUGGACUUCGACGAUCAUCAUCUCCUUCGCGGCCCUCUUCCUCAUCGACCAGCUCGUCAGGCUGAAGCGCCAACUGCAAACUUUGAACGAGUACCAGGCGACAUUUCAAGCCUUCUGGGAGCAGGACAGGGAGGAUGAGAGACUGGAAAGGAACAGACGGAACCAAGCAGCGAAUGAGAGAGCAAGGAACAGAACCCGCACACCGCGACAAGUAGCAGAGGCACGAGCCGCACAAGAAGCACAAGCCGUACGAGAAAGGGACGAACUCGCGAGGCAGCUAGCUGCGCCAUACACCGUCGAGGAAAUCAACGCGGCACUCAAUGACGCACCACCAGAUGGCACACCGGAGUUUUAUGACUGGAUGGAUAACGGAGGUCCUAUAGCAAAUCAUAUUCGAGAUAAAAUGUACGAGCCACCUGAACAGUAG